CACAACAGACGAUCUAAAUGUCAGCGAAAUGUUCUACUGCUAGUUAGAGUAUAACUAGUAAAAAAGUUCGGUUGUGAAAUUAUGAUAUUUUGGAACCUAUGACAUUGGCAGUCUGUGAUGAUAACCACUGGCUCCAAGCCAUAUACCAUUAAAACCAACUAAAGCCAGAUGCCAGUUUGCUUAGUUUACAUGACUGCUGUGCCUAUUGUGCUAACCUGUUUAGUUUGGAGUAAUUGAACACCAGAACUAUGUCAUCUGACAGAAGUGAUUUUAAGUCCGUAAAGUCACCUAACACAGAUCAAGUGCCAUCGCUUGCUGGAACAUAUGGUGGGAAAAAAACUUUAGACAAAGGUAAAAGACUGCUCAAACCUAGUUAUAGACAAAAUGACCCACAGCAACUUGUCCCACCUUCAACCUCAAAUGUGGUUUAUCCACCCAGAACCAGAAAGAAAAACAAAAAGCAUGAAGAUAAUUCCAAAACCACCUUGCAGACAGAUGCCAGGAUUUCCCCUAAAGCACGCAAACCCAUUCCUGCAGAAGUUUUGGUGAAAUUGAAAGAGAAAAUUUUGCUUAACGAUGAAGAGAGAGUGAAGCCAUAUUUUCAGCACAUUAUGUCUCAGACCAUAGACUUUGAAGCCAAACUAGUCUCAGAGAUGGCAAGUGACUCAUCAACACAGGUUCUUCUUGUCUUUCCUAGCAAGAAUCUAGCCAAACGGGCUCUCAGCUCCUUGCAAAAGUUAAUUCAUGUUAAGGAUUCUACCAUUGAAAGUGUAAAAUUCAAGCAGUGCAAUGAAGAUACAGAUGAGACAAAGGCUCUACUCCAGAAACAAGAGAUAGAAGUCCAAGAGAAAGGGGACAAACUUCUUGAUGAACACUCAAAAAAGAUUUCUGAGGUGGCCAAUCUUUUGAAGAAAACCCAUGUUCAGCGACAUGUUCCCUUGGCUGAGUAUGAGCGCAUAACUUCAGAGAAGGCAGCACUUCAAGACAAACUUUCAGAGUUGAACAACCAGAAGAAGGAGUUUGCAGACUUCUUGAAAAUGACCAAGAAUCAUUUCAGGGAAAUCCAACCAUCAAAACAUUUUCAUGAGGAUAUAUUUGAAAUAAGGAAAGCAUUUGGUCGAGAGUGCCACAAGCUCACUUCAGCCCUGCCAAUGUAUGCCAGACGAGGGGACAUCUUGAACACAGUGAUGAACAACCAGGUAUCUGUGAUACUUGGAGAAACAGGUUCUGGUAAAAGCACCCAGCUGGUGCAAUACUUACACCAAGUUGGACUAGGGAAAAAGGGAAUCAUAGCAUGCACCCAACCAAGAAAAGUGGCAGCCAUCAGCCUUGCCAGACACGUCUCCUCAGAAAUGGGAUGUGCAGUUGGGGGUGAAGUUGGGUUUCAAGUUGGGAUGCAGAAGAAGAGAGGUCCAAAUACAUCCAUUAUUUACAUGACAGACCAUGUCCUUUUGAAUGAAUGUCUCAAGGAUAACCUUCUGAAUUGCUACUCUGUCAUUAUCAUAGAUGAAGCUCAUGAACGCAGUAUACAUACAGACCUACUGAUUGGUAUGGUGAAGUCCUGCUUGAAGCAACGCCCAGAACUUAAGGUUAUAAUAACUUCUGCAACAAUUGACCCUGAUGUUUUCGUCAGUUAUUUUGGUGGAUGUCCAGUUCUGCAAGUCUCUGGACGCACAUUUCCAGUUGAAGUUGUUUGGAAAGAUACUCCUAGGCAACCUAAUUCAGACCAUGUGCGCGAGACUGUUGUGAAAGCCAUUGCAGUACACCAAACAGAGCCUGAGGGUGACAUACUGGCAUUCUUGACAUCACCAACAGAAACAGAAAAGGCUUCUGUUAUAUUAGAGGCACAGUUACCAUUCCCUGAUGAGGUUAUUUGCUUACAGCUCCAUGGCAGACUACAAAGUGAUGAACAAAACAAAGUUUUUGAGCAAACUCCCGUAGGGAAACGAAAGAUAGUUUUUGCUACCAACAGUGCAGAAACUUCUAUCACCAUCCCAGGUAUUAAGUAUGUCAUUGAUUCAGGGCUUGUCAAAGAAGUGAGAUAUGAUCCAAAGAAAAACAGAUCUUCGCUGGAUGUUGUGACUGUGAACCAAAGCUCAGCAGAGCAAAGAAAGGGGCGAGCUGGAAGAAUAUCUUCAGGCAAAUGUUUCAGAUUGUACACCAAAGAAGAGUAUGAAUCAUCUGAAAGAAUAUCUACACCAGAGAUCCUAAGAGUUCAUGUCAGUGGGGCUCUUCUAAAACUUCUGGAGAUUGGCAUUCCUAAUCCAUUAGAAUUUGAUUAUGUUCAGCCACCCCCACUGGAGGCCCUUGAGUAUGGUAUGAGGUCCCUGCGUGAGCUAGGAGCAGUUGAUGACCAGGGCAUCACAGAAGUAGGAAAGCAGAUGGCCAAACUUCCAUUGGAACCCCAUCUAUCACGCCUGGUGCUGUUAGGAAUAGAAGAAGGUAUAGGCUUUGAAGCUCUUGUUUUAGCUGCAGUCACAUCCACCUCAAGCAAUAUCUUUUUUCGCAAAGGUACAGAAGAUGAGAAGGAAAUGGCAGACAAACUGAAGACCACUUUUUGUCAUCAAGGUGGAGACAGUGUGACUUUUGUUAAUGUUUACAGAGAAUGGAAUAAAAUACCAGACAAGCAGAAAAGCAGGUGGUGUGUAGGAAACUUCAUCAAUGCAAGGGCCAUGCGCUGCAGUCGAGAUGCAGUACAAGAGAUGAUUAAAAUUGUGAAAUCAGAAAUCGGUUUAAAAGUGCCAUAUGCAUUUCACUCAGAAGAAGAAAUGGUUCAGAAAUUACCUCCAAUACUUUUCAAAACAUAUGGAGCAAGACACCUCUGUCUGUAUCUAGGGCACAGUAAAGCAGGGUACUUGGUUGCAAGGCUAGGCCAGGCUGUCCAAAUCCAUCCUUCCUCUGCCUUGAAAUAUCUGGGAUCCUCUCCAAAGUGGCUAGUGUACCAGUCUCUACUUUCUACAUCGCAAGAUUUUGCAAUGAACUUGACACCUGUUGAGGAGGGACUAGUUGUUGAGGCUACAGAGUCUGGUCUGUUAAACAUUGACCUCGAGCAACUUGAAGCACAGACCCUUUCUGCUGUUUCACUUUUCUUUGGAAGAGAACUUAUGCUAAAGUUAAUUGGUCCAAAAUUUUCCACACUGUGUGGCUUGCAGAAGAAGAUAUCUGCUGAAAUAGGUGGAGGAAUGGUGAUUAUUGAUCCAAUUCGAGUUACAGGGGAGGUGAAGGUGUACUGUCAAACUAGUGGUCAUGACACAGCUGUUGAAAUGAUUGCCAGGCAUCUGGAAUGUGAAAAAGAAAAACUGAGAGAAGAAACAUGUGAACUACCACUGCACCAUUCACCAGGGUCUGUCCAUGCUAUUCUUGGUUGUGGAGGACAGACAAGAUGGAUCUUGAUGCCAGAGCAGUACACGACUGUUGUGAUAGUCACCAAGGGAGAAGAAAAGCCCUCAACUCAUGAUAUAAUAGAGAAAUUCUCCAUGUUUGGAAAAAUCGUUUCCCACUUUGAGUUCAAGAAAAACAACAGUGCUAAUGUUAAAUGGGGAAAAAUCACCUUCAGAAAUCCAGAGUCUGCUAGUCAAGCUGUAAACAAGACAUCUGGACUAUCAAUAUCUGCUCGCCCAGGGACCAGUGUAGGUAUUGAUUCAAAGAUGCAAGAAUAUAAAAUGCGUCUACAGUGGUGCCGUAGACCAACAAGAGGUUUUGGUUUUGUUAACUUUAAAGACAUUGAUGACUACAUUCUUGCCAGUUCCAGCACCCAAGUGCUUCGUGUAGGUACCAGUUAUGCAAAAUUGAGGCCAGGAAAAGGCAAACCAAAUGAGAUCUUUAUUUCUAAUUUGGAUAAGAAUGUUGAUGAAACUCAGCUUCUGUCAGCCUUGAAAGAUGCCUUUCCAGCUGCUGUGAUUAUUGACAGGGUUUCCAUUCCCCGUGAAAAACCAUUUUCUACAACACAGGAGCAGAUGAAUGCAUUUAGACAUCAACUUUCUAUACAGAUUGAGGCUCUUGUGGACAAACGACAUUUCCAACUAGACCUCCUUAAACCAAAGGACAAAGACUAUUUUUUCAUCGGUUACUUAACAUUCAAAAGCUCAACUGAUGGUCAGGCAGUGCACAAUGCACUACGAAGAAAUCUUUUGAUAGGAGAGAGACCUGUCUCAAUGGAAGCCUUGUUGUUUACCUCCAUUUUGGUACAAAAAGAAGUAUACCAAAUCUUUAAGGAUGAUAUCAAGGAAGCAACAGCAGACCUUAUAAAAGGUUCUGAAAAACUUAACAUCAAAGAAAGUGAGAGGCGGGAUGGUAACUUCACCAUUGACAUUCGUGCAGACAAUGUUGCAGACCUACGUGAAGCAAAGAUGGUGAUCCAUGAAAUAACACAGGGCGACAUACUUGACUGCAGCAUUUCAGAAUUAAUGAGAAGAAAUCUACUAUCCUUCACAUCAAAAGAUAUUCUUAAGAGAAUCAUGUCUUCUUCUGGAACAUAUAUCCUGGCAGACAGAAGAAUGUCUUCUUUAGCUAUUUAUGGUAGUGAAAGAGCAAGAACUGUGGCCAAAAUUGAAAUAAACAAAUACUUGGAUGAUAUGGUUUCCCAGAAAGUGUGUGAUAUACCCCUUUCCAGCAGUGACAGACCACCAGGUGUCAUGAAAGCUUUGAUGCAGACCUAUGGCCUUGACCUUCAGAGGCUGACCCAAGAAACAGGUGCUACACAUCUGAAACUUGAUCUGCGUCACCAUACUCUUUGCUUUCAAGGCACUGAUGAUGCAUUCAACAAACUAGAGCAAGCCGUACAAGCGUGCAUCGAUGGAUUACCUAAUAAACCCACUGUAAAGGAAAACUCAAUUGACUGUGUGGUUUGUUUCUGCCCCAUUGAUGACAGUGUUUUCAGGAUAGAAUGUUGUGGUCACCCAUACUGUCAAGAAUGUAUCACAAAUCAGAUACGUGUAGCCAUUGAGGAGAAAAACUUUCCUAUUACAUGUGCCCAGGAAGGGUGUGAAGAGCUAAUAGAGUGGAGAACCCUCAACAAACUAACAACAGAACCAAUGAAGAGAGCAUUGGUGGCCUCAUCAACUAUGGCCUUUGUUUCCAAAGCUCCUGAAGCUUAUACCUACUGUGGCACCCCUGACUGUCCUAUGGUGUACCAGAUCACGGAGAAUGGGAAACCUUUCACCUGCUGUAACUGUCAGGUAACCACCUGCACCACAUGCAAGAUAGAAUACCAUCAGGGCUUGUCCUGUGCCAUGUACCAGGGAAUGAAGAGAGAUAAAAACAUAAGCCUGAAAGUUUGGCUGGAAAAAGAUCCUCAGAAUCGUAGGAAAUGCCCUCAGUGCAAAGCCCCCAUUGAAAAAAACGGAGGUUGUAAUCAUAUGACUUGUCUUAGCUGUAAAAAGCACAUUUGCUGGCAGUGCAAUGCAAUUUUUGACAGUGGAACUGUGUGUUACGAUCACUUGACAAGAUGCGGAGGAAUAUUCCCUAAUAAUAUGUAGUAUAGUGAAUUGUAGGGAUUGAAAAGCAGUGUUUUAAGAAUUAUAUGUCCACAAGGUCUAGUUGAAAAUACAAGAAAUAUAAAAUGUCAGUACUGUUCACUCACAAAUUCUUCAUAAUAUUCGGAAAUGAAGGGUCCCUGGGAGGAGGGAAAAAGCGUGACUGGCACUCUCUUACAUAGAAAGCAGGUACAAGUGAAAAUGCAACUUAAAUAUCUUAUCAUAUAAUUUCUAUUUCAGACAGAAACUUCUGUUAAUCAAAACUAUAUCAUAUAAUCAACAUAAUUCAUAAUAAUUGUACCUGAAUUGAAUUGUUCUGAAUAUCUUGCCAUGGAUAUGAAUGCAGCCUUUUCAUACAUAAUUAGCAAAGAUCCAUGAACUAUCACAGGGAAACACCCUCACCUGCAGCAGUUAAGAAUUAACAAGAAAUAAGCCUGCGCUUAUGUAAAAUUUACUUCAGUAAGUGUAAAAGAAAUCUACUGACAAUAUGGAAAAUUUCUAUUGUCAGAAGAAUACUGUCCAUUUUGACCUGCUCAUUAUUUAGUUCAUUUUAUCAUUAUAAUACUGUAUUGUAGAUAUUCAACAGACCAUAAUCUUAAUAUAAAAUUUGUUACCAACUCCAAAAUAACCUUUGAUAUAUAAAAUGAAAUAUCAAUUUACAUUUAUUAGACAGUUGAUUUUUAUGAGAAUGUUAUUCAUUUCCUAAACUCUGUUAUAAUUUUUCAUAAUCAAUAUUGGUAUUUUUAACAGCUUGGGGGCCCUUUGGAUGAUAUCAUCGUAAUAUUAUGCCAAAGUGUAAAACCUUUUUUUUUUUUUGUUUAUAAAUGAAAAUUAUCAAACACAAGAUAAUAUACUUUCAUACCAUUAGCUUGUCCAGAUCUCACCCUUAUGGGAUAUACCAAUCUUGUCAGUAGAAGAUAUCACAGAGCUUGUAGAUAUUGUAUUGAACACCACAAUCUUAAUCUAUAAAGGGGAAUUCCAUAAGAAGAAACACAUAGCAACCAUGGGCAGUCCAUUGGUCCAGUUAUGGUUAAUUUGUAUAUGGAGAGCUUUGAGGUAGCUGCAUUGGGGUCUUUGCCCAAUCCUCCACGUGUUUGCCACAGGGACCACAUAACUGCUAUCUCUGACUUUAUCAACAGCCAAUACGAUAACGUAAGUUCAAUGUAGAGCUGGAAGAAAACAAUUCUAUUGCUUUCCUUGAUUUGUCAAUCACAUGUGAGAGUGACAGCCAUCUGAGCCUGAGUCUACAGGAAGGCCACACAUAACCAACCAAUACAAACUUCCAGUUGCACCACCAGCUACAUCAGAAACUAUGGGUCGUAGUAACUCUUAAACACAGGUGCAACACCAUCAUGACUAAUGAAGAAGACAAAACAUUGGAGAAAAAGACACUGGAUGAAGCUCUCACGGUGUGUGGUUACCCACCUUGGGCCUUAAAACUGCAUCAGGAAUGGACAGCAGUGACCAACUGAGCCAACAGUCUUAUUGUAAACUUGCACCAUCUAAAAAUUAUAGCGUUAGCAUGGCUUUUAGACCCCAGUGCACAUUGAAACAACACCUAGUGGCACCAAAGGACAAGACCCCUCAAGAACAACGAUGUGGGACUACAUAAGAUCAACUGCUGUGACCGCAAUUCUUUUUACAUUGGUGAGACAGGUAAACAGUUGAAGACCAGGGUCAGUGAACACAGAAAAUCAGUGACUGCAGUUUAGGCAAUACCAGCUCUGCCAUUUCUGAACAUGUUAUAGACACUGGCUUGUGUUUGUUAAUUUUCAUUUACAAUCCAACUACCAAGCUAAUGAACAUAUUUGUUCUUUUGUUAUUUAUGUUACUUUUUUUGAUGUUUUAGACAAGUAUAAAAGUAAAAAUUGGAAGAGGAUUUUGAUUGGAUGGUAAAUGCAGGUGUGAUAAUCUUUGUCCACUUUUAAGAAUAAAAUGUUUAGGUGGAAUGUGCUCUCGACUACUCAAAGCAAUGCUGCAAGAUUGUACAACUAUCACAUUUUCUUAACAAAAUUGCAUGAACCAGAUUUUUAAUGUUGAGAAGAAGGAUAACUUUUCAUGAAGUACAGUAGUGGCUCAUUCUUUUCAAUGGAGGAAAGGACCCAUUUCAUAUACUUGGGUUUUGGAAUUAUUUUAAGUUAUACUUCUAAAUGGUAUUUUUUGGUACUUUUACAAUGUAUAAAAUAACUAUUUUAAAAGUAGCCAGCUUUUCAAUGUUGUUACCAUCACUCAAUAGGAAUGUAAUACAGUAUCUAUAGAAUUAGCAAUUUUCACCAUUGAAAAGACCGAGUUAUUACCGCUCUGUCAAAC